UGGCUUCAUCCCCAAAGUCUAUGAUUGGACUUCCAUCUUUAACCUCGAGACUUAUCCAAUAUCACACCAUUAACUCAUGCGGAAGAAACAGGAAGAUGAAACAGCAGCACAACUGAUGCAGAUCCGUUCAUGGCGCUAUCAGAUGGCACAAAGUCCCAACCAAGAUCAGGACGCUUACAACUUUCACCAGACUUUCCCAUCACAGUGCCAGCAAAAAGAUGACGCAACUCCUGCAGCAAGUCACAGAGCCUUUCUGCCAAUCAUAACAUGCUCUCCCGGAUCGAUCCAGUCUUCACAACACAGGGAAAGAUCAAGCUGACAUUUAUACAGAUCGAAGUGUUAUGCAACGCUCCUCUCAUUGAACAGCAUGAAAGAAUGGUUGGUGCCAUUCUAGUUUUGCCGGAGGAGAUAGGGGGUAAUUUCGUCAUUUUGGGCCGCACGUGAUUCGCGGAAGCCGCGUGCGUGUCCGCUGUAGGCCCUAAACGCGCUUGCAUCUCGUGUUUCCGGGAUUUUACUUAGCUAAAGCUGUUCCCAUGAUCAAAUACAAACCGUUCCCUGAGGAUGGCGCUGAGGUCAGCAGACUGGUUUCUUACAUCUUCCCGAAAAAAGUGUGCCCGCGGUAGCAUCUAAGGACCCGCCGCCACGGGAAACGGGGUUUCCGCCUCUCCGUUCCGUUUCCUCAUCACGGGAAUGGCGUCUCGGUAAUAAACAGUCAAAAAAGGAAAAGACUAAUGAAUGGGUUUGGUUACACUUCACUCGCCUCCGUCACGUGUAUAAACUAAUGAGGAGAUGCGUGCGCACUCCUUCGGCGAGCGAGCGAUCGAUCGAUCGUACCCUCUCGGUGCCGAUCGAUGGGAGGACGACGACGAAACCCUCGGCUCGCUCAGUGUUUGAUCAUUAGGAUUUGUUUCGUCAAUCGUCAAGAACUGGCCGUAAUCGAGUAGAUUGGGCGUUAUCUACCGUCAAUUGACCUCUGGAGAGCUAUAGAUCUUAUUCCUCCUGCUGGAUUCCAGACAAUCCACUCCAGGAAUUUAGGUGGCAAGCAUGGCAUUUGGGAGAAACAUGCAGACGAAUAACAGGAGAUCAUCCUCGUACUGCUUGAAGACGGCAAUUCUCAUGUUUGUUGCCCUUUGCUUCGUUGGAAUAUGGAUGUUGUCUUCCUUGAAUAUUGUCCCUGUAGAUCUUUCUUAUCUGGUUCCCAAAUCUGAGUUCAAAGAUAAAUUUUCUAUGCCAUUUGGAGAUAAGUUAGGGAGUGAAAAUGAUGGUUUAGCAAGUGGGGAUGCCAAAAAUACUGAGAACACUGUUAGAUAUAAAUCAGAGUCUGAAUCGGACAAGACAAUUGAGAAGUUAGUGGAGAAAUCCAAAAAGGGUAGCCUGGCAAAGGGGAAUGAUGAUCUGGAUGAUACAUUUGAUGACACAUCACGAUCUGUUGAUGGCGAAGAUGCCAUGACGGAAGAGAAACUAAAAGAAAAUGAAAAUGAAGUAGAAAGACUGGAAAGUGAAAAGAAAGCAGUGCAAAAUGAGAAAUCUGAUGGUGAUGGAUCCCAAAAAGAAAAGAGCGAGGUUUUCCCUUCUGGGGAUCGGUCAGAGCUUUUAAAGGAGACCAACGGCCAGAAUGGAGCAUGGUCUACACAUGCUGUAGAGUCAAAGAACGAGGAAGAGGUGCAAGCUUCAGCGUCAUCAAAGGGCCAGAAAGUAAGUUACAGCUGGAAACUCUGUAAUACCACUGCCAGAGCAGAUUACAUCCCCUGUCUUGACAAUGUGGCAGCUAUUAAGAAGCUCCGCAGUACUAAGCACUAUGAACACAGAGAGAGGCACUGCCCUGAACAGGCCCCAACCUGCCUCGUUCCCCUUCCUGUUGGAUAUAAACAACCAAUCGAGUGGUCAAGGAGCAGGGACAAGGUAUGGUAUAACAAUGUUCCACACACCAAGCUUGUAGAAUAUAAAGGGCACCAAAAUUGGGUGAAAGUAUCAGGAGAGCAUCUCAUUUUUCCAGGAGGUGGAACUCAGUUCAAGCAUGGUGCACUUCACUACAUCGAUUUUGUUCAGGAGUCACUGCCAGAUAUAGCAUGGGGAAAACGAAGCCGUGUUAUUUUGGAUGUUGGUUGUGGAGUGGCUAGCUUUGGUGGCUAUCUCUUUGAAAGAGAUGUGCUUACCAUGUCAUUUGCACCAAAAGAUGAGCACGAGGCCCAAGUGCAGUUUGCUCUUGAGAGAGGAAUCCCAGCUAUAUUAGCAGUCAUGGGUACAAAAAGACUUCCAUUCCCCAGCAAGGUCUUUGAUGUUGUACACUGUGCACGCUGUAGGGUACCAUGGCACAUCGAAGGUGGUAUGCUUUUGUUGGAGUUGAACCGAUUGCUCCGUCCUGGUGGUUAUUUUGUCUGGUCGGCAACCCCAGUUUACCAAAAGCUUCCUGAAGAUGUGGGGAUCUGGCAAGCCAUGUCUGAACUGACAAGAUCUAUUUGCUGGGAGAUGGUGGCUAAAAGAAAAGAUAAAGUAAACAAUGUUGGUCUAGCAAUCUAUAGAAAACCUUCUGAUAAUAGUUGUUAUGACAAAAGAACGAAAGAAAACCCUCCACUCUGUCAAGAACUUGACGAUCCUGAUGCAGCCUGGAAUGUCCCACUACAAGCAUGCAUGCACAGGUUGCCAGUAUAUUCCAGUAGUCGUGGGGUGCAGUGGCCAGAUGAAUGGCCACUAAGACUGGAGAAAACGCCUUACUGGUUUAAUAGUUCCCAAAUUGGAGUUUAUGGUAAACCUGCACCACAAGACUUCGCAGCAGACUAUGAGCAUUGGAAACAUGUGGUUAGCAGAUCAUAUUUGAAUGGGAUGGGGAUUAACUGGUCUGCCGUGAGGAAUGUCAUGGACAUGAGAUCUAUUUAUGGAGGUUUUGCUGCAGCUUUGCGAGACAUGAAGGUCUGGGUAAUGAAUAUUGUCUCAAUCGAUGCACCUGACACUCUUCCAAUUAUCUAUGAGCGUGGACUAUUUGGAAUGUAUCAUGACUGGUGUGAAUCAUUUAGCACCUACCCAAGAACAUAUGAUCUUCUCCAUGCAGACCAUCUAUUCUCUAAACUCAAAAAGAGGUGCCAACUAACGCCAGUAAUUGUUGAGGUAGAUCGGAUACUGAGACCUGGAGGGAACUUUAUUGUAAGAGACAAUGUUGGUACAAUUUCUGAGAUAGAAAACCUUGCAAAAUCACUUCACUGGGAAAUCCGUCUGACAUACUCAAAAGACAAUGAAGGAUUGCUCUAUGCUCAGAAGUCAAUGUGGCGGCCAACCGAUGUCGAAACAACCACCUUGUAAACAAGAGAUACAUUGACAAAGUCCAGCAGUUUUGAUAUAAUGGUGUAUAAUUUCGUUGCAUGCAUAACCAUGCUUGUCCUUUGAAAAAAUAAUGUAUUCUUUGAUCGAUGAAAAUUUCGUACAUUUUUUUUAUCGUAAAAGAUCAGAUUUUGCUAGAGCUUAGUCUAGAUGUUGUGAUAGUCUGACUUGUAAGGUUGGAUUCAGGAACUUGCUAGCUAGCUAGCUAGCACCUCGAGAAAACCUAAGUAAUCAAAGAUGAAUGAAUGGCAAGAUUGUCUUGA